AUGAGCUACCCUUCACCACGAACACCUGGAUCGACGCCGAUCCACGACUGGGAGUACUCCCGUAUGUCGUCGGCAACGCCCACGCCGUCGCCGAGACCGAGCUGGUUCGAGUCGGUCUCAACACCACGACGACCGGCCACCCGCGCCGCCCACUCCCGAUCCAGCAGCUACUCCCAUCGUGAAUUUCUCCCGCCGCGGGCGCACCCGGAGUCCCCGCGUUACAAUAGCUCCGGAAGCUACUUGACGGCAGAUUACGGCACCUACUACGUCGAUGCGGCCUGUGCCCGGACGGCCCCGUAUGGGCCUCCGUACGAUGCCCACUACGAGUCACCGAGGCCUUCUGCCACGCAAGCGCGGCCGCCGACGAGCCAUUCCCACGCCCGUCGAUCGUCCGCUUCGAUUCCCCAGCGCCCGGCCAUGACGAAGCCGUCGAACGGUCAGCGAGCCAAUCCACCGGUCACGGCCAAGGCCACCGAGGCGGAUGCCCGCCGGCACAAGAUUCCCCAGGGAUUCUCGUUGAAGAAUUGGGAUCCCAACGAGGAGCCCAUCCUGCUCCUCGGAAGCGUCUUCGACGCCAACAGCCUCGGAAAGUGGAUCUACGAUUGGACCGUCUUCCACAAGGGCGGCGCGUUGACGCCCAUCGCCGAGAUGGCUGCUGACCUCUGGCUGAAUCUGAUCCACCUCACGGCCAAGGUGAAGGAUGCCGAGGCCAAGGUUGGUGCCAUCCGCAGGGCCGAAGACCGAGAGUUUGUCGAAGACGUCAUCAACGCCGGCGAGCGCCUCAUGGCCGAGCUGAGGGCCCUCCUCAAGGCGUGCGAGGCCCCGAUGCUCAAGGCGUGCGAGGCCCCGAUGCCCAAGGCGUCCCGCCGAAAGCAAGUCAGCCUUGGCAAGAACUCGGGUGUCGAGUUUGUCGAGACAUUGUUCGGUCGCGACCGGGAGCUUGUGAGGACGGAAAAGCUGACGCAAAAGAUCCGAUUGUUCCGAGUGCGCUUCGAUGCCAACUGUACUAAAAUUCUCGCGGAGCCCACUGCUUAG